ACCAAAAUAAAACAGCUGGGAAGGCGCUUCGCUUCGCUGCAGAAGCCCCAGCUGUUUAAUAAAGCUCGGUACUUUCUUCUGUUGUGUUUUUAGUUUCACUCGGCGGGAUGUCUUUCCCCUCCUCUUUCGGUACGCAGGUCGCAGCUAUCAUGGACGUGUUAGCGAAAGCUGCGGUGGCCGAAAUAACGAAGCUGGUGGAGGACGGGAGCUUGGUCCUGAGCCUGGAGCUGCGCAGGAGGGACAGCGAGAUCCAGGAGCUCAGAAGGAGUUUGAAGCUGAUGGAGGUUGAACUCGGCAACGCUAAAGAAGCAGCCACGACCCGUGCUGCGGAGGACAAACAGGAGCAGACAGCAGCCGGGAGUCAGGUCCCCCGAAAAGAUGGACUUGAAGAUCAGAAAACAUGUGCAGUUUAUGUGGAACCAAAGUCUGCUCAGUCACUCUGCGAGCCGUCACAGGGAAGAGAGGAGAGCCGUGAGGUGAUGCCGGUGGUGAAACACGAGCCGGCAGAUGAGCUCGUCCCUCAGGAAACAACAGACGACACUGUGACAGCAGACGUUUGCCUUGAGGCGGGAGAGCGAGAGGAGCUGGUGUGGCCUCCUCCCGCCUGCAGCAUGUUGGAAAAAAGCUCUGUUGCAAUGCAGCAGCACAUGCAGAUAUUUCCCCCUCACGCUGAGCAAUACGCUGCUCAUAGAAGGACAGAAGGCUCCUAUAACUCUUCAUCAGCUGCAGCCGAGGAGAUCGCAGAUGAUUCUUUAAGUGUGCCGAUAAAAGUAGAAGUGGAGGUUCGGCCUAUGUGCAUGGGAAGUACCUCUUCAGAGUCUGGGCAUAAUGAACCGUUCAGGCAUGCUUCACACCCUGCAGUCAGUCAGGACCAGCGCCUGCAGGCCGGGCCAUCGCUGGCCCCGCCUCAUGCACAGAGGUCCACAGCAGAGACGUUGGGAUCAAACACACAAGAUCACAUCCUCAGUAGAAGCAACCUGAGAGCCAAAAGGCUGAUGAGCGUUUGGAGAGCGAAUCAGAGACUGUUCAUCUGCUCCGUCUGCAACAGGGGUUUCCCUCGCAUGUCUCAGCUGGAGGAGCACAAGGCCUCCCACCAGCCCUUUAAACCCUUCAGGUGCCUCGAAUGUGGGAAAUCUUUCACUCAGAAGACUCGGCUGAAGACGCACCAAAGCGUGCACACGGGGGAAAGGCCAUUCAGCUGCAAAAUCUGCGGCAAGAUGUUUUCGAGGCAGGACAACUGUCUGAGGCACGAGCGGUUCCACAGCGGGCUGAAGCCGUACAGCUGUGGACAGUGUGGUAAAAGCUUCACUGUGCUGGGUAACCUCAAGAUACACCAGGAGAUUCACCUGCAAGGAAGAUAGCACUUGAAAGAGAAUUUUUACAGUUUUAAUGCAUUGAAGAAAACAUUUUUACCUUGCAUUUCAGGGGCCAUGUUAUGCUGGCCAUGGGUGAGAAAAAUGUGAAUGUUAUAUUUAUGAAUUGCUCUUACCAGUUUUCUACAUAUGUUGAAAAUGCAGACUCUUAUCGUCAAACCCCAAAUGCAUACCAUUUGGAGGUGAAAUUCGUGAUUUCAUUUUAACCUUGAAUCCUGUAUUGUCAUGAGCUUCUGUGGCACUUUUUGAGCCUCUUUUUAGUUACAUGUGCAGCUCUGCUAUUGACUUUAUGAAGCAGUUUUGGGUACUUACAUGACCGAUCCAAAGUAAACACAGUAUUUGUCGAUGUCAUAAAAUGUUGUGCCUCGAUGCCAGUUAAAUGUAUUCAAUUUAUGCAGGCUGCAAACACAGUUUUCUCUGGGCUCUGUUAUCUACCAGGCAUUGAGAAUCUUCUGCAACAUCCUGAACUCCAUUCAGAAAACAAGCUUUUUAAAAGUUGUUUGUGUGUCCUAUUACAGACAGACCUGACAAAGCAUGAAUUCAGACUUUUUAUACAUCGACAUUAUGUUGUUGAUAUUUCAGCAUACUUUUAAUCCAUUUAUUGCGAUAAAGUGACAGGAAAAAUCUGUUUAUUAUGGGUACAUACAGAUGUAUUAGUGGUGUACCAGCAGUCAUCCAGAUGUAGUUCCUGGAGAGGGAGUGAGACACGGCAGCAUUUGGUUUUACGAUGUAUCUGGGGCGUUCACAACAGGUCUAAAACUUUAAUGAUGCAAUUUUCAAACUCGCACAAGUAACAGUAAUGAAUACAAAUGUGAACCUGCCGGCAUUGAAGUAAAAAGCAUGAUGCACGUGUGCUGCAAAGGCAAAAAUGUAUCCUGCAACCGACUGGAUAAGGCCUGUUUUAAGCUUUGCAGAUUGCUGGAAAUGCCUUUGCUGUGUAACUGAAGCAGCUGCUGAUGAAUUGCAACCCCUCCCGGCUGGAGGAGUGAGGAGUCGGUGAAGAGAAGUUAGCAGUCAGUAGUCGAGGAUAUAAAAUAAUCAUUAUAACAUGUUUAUCAAAAAUUCAGGUUCUCUAGUCAACCAUGAGAAGUCCUUCGGAAUUCAGUCAUAAAUGUGCAAAACCAAUCUAGGGACGAUUCGUCCAGUAUGAGGGACAGACAGUCAGUUGUUCCCUCCAGGCUUACCCUUUGCAGAGAUAAUAAUAGUUCCAUGCAGUUUCAGAGAGUAUCAGGAGGGAAAGAGCUGGAUGGUUGCAUGCCUAACUCUUCAAGUUUUAUAAUGAUCUUAUUGUACUCAGAGGUGUUUCAGUGCCUUGACAUUUUUCUGGUUUCUUGUUCCUGGUUGGUACUUUUGUAUUAUUCCUUUGUCUUUAUGAUGUUGGGCUUUUCCAGAUGCAGACUGUGUCUUUUACCCAAAAUUACCUGUCACACCUAGAUUUGACACAAGUGUUCAUUCAACUUUUACUAUGUGGCCUCUAUACGAAGUUCGGUGCACCACAGUGAGGAUUUAAGUGGGUCAUAAUGUGGACGUGUGCCUAUGCAAUAAUAUAUUUUGUUUUAUAUUUGCACUUAAUUUAAAUCCCUCUGUAAAGAUUUGUUUUCUCUUGACAUUAAACAAUGUUAAUAGUGUC